UAUAGACGUUCGCAGAUAUAGAGAACAGAGAGAGAGAGAGAGAUGGUGGGACCGCAGAGGCCUCAAUUCGUUGUAUUCGGAUCGUCGAUAGUUCAGCUCUGUUUCUCCAAUGGCGGUUGGGGUGCCAUUCUCGCUGACAUUUAUGCUCGUAAGGCAGACAUAUUGUUGCGAGGAUACUAUGGUUGGAACUCAAGACGUGCUAUUCAGGUUCUUGAUAAAAUUUUUCCAAAGGAUGCAGCUACUCAGCCUUCUCUGGUGAUCGUUUACUUUGGCGGGAAUGAUUCAAUGGGGCCUCACUCAUCUGGUUUAGGUCCUCACGUUCCACUUCCUGAAUAUAUUGAAAACAUGAGAAAAAUCGCACUUCAUCUCAAGAGCCUUUCAGACACAACGCGUGUAAUUUUCCUUAGUUGUCCACCUGUCAACGAGGCCAAAGUUCAAGAAAACACAAGUAAAAUUUUUAGUGAGCUAGUGCGAACAAAUGAAUUAUGCCGAAGUUAUUCAGAAGCUUGUGUAGAGUUGUGCCGGGAGAUGGGUGUGAAGGUUGUUGAUCUUUGGACUGCAAUCCAGCGACGAGAUGAUUGGUCGACUGCUUGCUUUACGGACGGGGUUCAUUUAUCUGCAGAGGGGAGCAAGGUAGUGGUUGCCGAGAUACUCAAGGUGCUCAAGGAAUCAGAAUGGGAGCCAUGUCUACACUGGAAGUCCAUGCCCACUGAAUUUGGCGAGGAUUCGCCGUACUACCUAGCUGCUAAUGAUGGAAAAACGACUUUAAAUCCAUCAGACUGGACCUUUUACAGGGAAAUACAAUGGGACUAGGCUGCAGAGAAAUUUCUUGUUUGCAUGCCCCAUUCCUUGUGCAGACACCCGUUCAACAGAAGUUUGAAUUGUUCAAUGCACAGUAUGUGCGCAAAGCAAGUUAUGCAUCAGUGAAGUGUGACUUUGGUAUCUCGUGAGUUAAUACUCAUGUUAUGUUAUGACAAUAAACCAAGUUAAUCACCCCGGUUUAGGUGCAAAAAUUAUAUUGUAGUUGAGUCAUCUGGUUGAAUUAUCUGUUUUCUUGCAUUCAUGUUCUCCUCUGAGUCUUAUUAUGAAGGGGGCAGUCUGACUAGUUUGAAAGUGUGUACUACUUCCCUUGAGCAUAUAUAUAUAUGUGAUUUCGUAUUGUUUCCAAUA